AUGCAGCGAAUCAUGCAUUCACUGACUGUCAUUGGCUACGAGCACAGGCCGUUCUUCAGCGGCGUGCAUCGCUUUGGUGUGGCGCGCUUCGCGCUGUUCCUGAGCGACCCAUUCCACACGAUGCUGAACUUGUCGUGGUGGAAGUUCAUAGUCAUCUUCUUCACUGUCUACAUGACUUCCUUCUGCCUGUUCGCCUUCAUCUACUGGGCCAUGCCUGCGCAGUGCAUGCAUGGCGUCGACGGCAGCUUUGCGCACGCGCUGUGGGUGAUCUGCUCCUCCCUGAUCGACAUGUGCAUGCUGGGCAUCGUCUUCGCGCGCUUCUCGGCCCCCUUCAAGCGCGCCCAGUCCAUCCGGUUCAGCGCCGUGGGCACCGUCAGCCGCCACCCCUCGGGGGCGUGGGCGCUGUCCAUCAGGGUGGCAAACGUCCGCAAGCACCAGCUGCUCAAGCCCGAGCUUAAAAUGAUUGUCACGGCCAUCGACUCCAUCACACCCAGCAACUACAUAUUCGAGUACAUGGCCAUCGAGGACCUGGACUCCCAGCAGACCAACCUGCAGCUGGGGUUCCCCGCCAACAUUGUGCACAUCAUCAAGGCCGACAGCCCCCUAUACAACCUCAGUCUUGAGGAGAUGGAGACGCGCAUGAUGGAGGUGCUGGUGUUUGUGGACGGCAUCGAUGCCAUGACGUCGAAGCAGAUGCAGGUGGGCUGUCAUCAGGCUGCAGGGGUGGCCUGCUGA